AUGACAACAGCUCUCUCUCCCCCUCCCCUUUUUGGGACUCACCAAAAUGUCUCCCCCAAUUCGAAUCGCCAUCCUAGGCGGCGGCCUAGCAGGCGCAUCACUUCUCCACGCCCUCUAGGCACACUCACACCUGGACGCGCACAUUUUCGAGUCCGCAUCUGCCUUCAAAGAAGCCGGCGUGGCCAUGGGCGUGGCCAGCAACGCCCUCGAGGCACUCGAUCUCAUCGGCACAUCGACCGCGCAGUGUCUCCAACGCGCGGGGUCCGGUUCAUGCUGGCCCAGGGUCCUCAUGCAGGGGAGAGGUUUGGCGAAGUUGACAGGACGGAUGGUCGGAAGAGUGUUACUAGCAUUGUUCAUCGCGCGGCCUUUUUGCAUGAGUUGCUGGCUGAUGCCAGUCCGGAGCGGAUGCACGUGUCUAAGCAGUUGGUGCGGUUUGAGGAGCGGGUCGAUGGCUCCUUGACGCUGUAUUUUGCGGACGGGUCGACGCAUGACUGCGAUGUGUUGGCCAGCGCUGAUGGGAUUAGAAGCACGGUGCGGAAACUUCUGCUCGGUGUCGAUGACCAUGCUGCUGAGCCGCGGAAUACGGGGGCGUGGUGCGUCAUGACCCUGAAGCCGUAUGCAGCGGCUCAGGCGAGUCUGGGCGCCGGGCCUUUGGUGCAGUUUGUCGUGGCCGCGUACGAGAAGGACGCCGAGGGGUCAGAUCGAAGACAUCGCACUGUCGGCGCGGACGAGAUCAAGAGGCUCUUCGAGGGCUUUCCGGCGCAUUUGGUCCGCGCGGUUGAUGAGGCGAGUCUCCUUCCUUUGAUCUCAAGUUGUAUACCAGUUAACAUAGACCAGCUCCUCUGCGAUCAGCCCGAACAGCCCGCCAUGUAUCUCUGGGACCAUCCUCCAGCGCGCACGUACGUCUCUGAAUCCGGGUCGGUCUGCAUUAUCGGCGACGCCGCGCACGCCACGACUCCCUGGCAAGCCGCCGGCUGCGCAAUGUCCAUUGAAGAUAGCCUCGUCCUGUCGACGCUCCUGGGUCGGGCGCGAUCAGUGUCGGACGCGCAGACAGCGUUGAAGGUGUACGAUCAAGUGCGGCGUCCGCGCACGCAGCGCAUCGUCGCGUCGAGUCGAGGCACAGGGCAGAUCAUGUCGGGGUUGACUGAAGGGUUUGGAUUGGACUUUGAGAAGUUAAAGGCAGGCUUGUUGCCGCGGUGGGACUUUAUCGUUGGCUUUGAUAAUGAGAAGCAUCGGGAGGAGGCAAUUCAGUUGUUGAAGAGAGAGCUUUAG